CACACAACACAGCACAAUUCUUCUAGAGAGAGAAAGAGGUUCCUCUAUUUGACUCGUACCCCCUUUUAAGUUUCCAACUCAUUGCUUAGCUUUCAACUCCCACCCAAAAUCAUCCAAACCUGAAACCCUUCUCCUUUACCUACCUGAAAUAGUGAAAUCUCACGAUUGACGAACAAUCGGCAACCAAAAUGAUGGGGUUUUUGAAAGAUGAGAAGAGUAAAAGAGUAUUGAGAGGAAUCAGAACGGUGUUCUUCUUGAUAACCAUGAUUAUAUCUUUCCUCAUCUUCUCUGCGCCGAUACUUGUUGCCGUCGCCGACGUUCUCCUCCCAACUGCUCUGUUCUCAGCUUCACUUUCAUCUCCGUCAAACGAUCCUUCCUUCCUCCAAACGCUAUCAUCUCAUUUGAGCAAUUACGAUUUUCGUUACUCGCUUAUCGAUAUCCCUCUCAUCUCGAUAAUCAGAUCCGGAAUCAUUUUAUGUGUAUACGGAUUGCGUCGUACGUGUUCGGCGGCGGAAGUGGUGGUUGUGGAGCGACGGAGGUGGCGUUGUUUGUUUGUUCGCCGGCGUUGGCGAUUGGUCACAUCGUGGUGGCAUAUCGGACUAGUUGUAGAGAGCGACGGAAGCUUCUUGUUUACAAAAUUGAUAUCGAAGCUGUAUCAACAUUCACAUUCAAGAAUGGGUUUCAAAGGUACUCCAAGAUUCUUCACGAUGCAAGAGUCAAAGUCAAACUUCAAAACUAAAACGAAAACCACAACAACACUACGCAUCAUCAACUUGUACCACAUGCAUCAUCAACUUGUACUAUGGUUACGCCAGUUUUGCAGAUACAAGUUACAGAUACUCCUAAGGAGGAAUGUAGCUUGAUGAGAGAGAUAUUUGAGAUUGAUUUUCGGAAUGUAUGUAAAGAUUGUGAGGUUAUUGGGAAUUUUUUUUAUUAUAGAAGGAAUCGGGGGUACAAGUAUCGGGUUUGAUCAGUCUCCCAUAAAAAAAAACAUGUAUAUAAUUUGUUUCAUGUUUGUAAUUGGAUUAGUAGUGGUGGACUGGUGGUGUGGUUCUUAUUGGGUGGUUUUAAAAUCUUGUUUUCGUAUAAAUUAGUUGGUUGUGGGCGUGUA